UAACCCAUCAACUCAGGCUGACCACAAAGCUUCCUUUGUGACUCUUGGGAGAAGGAAGAGAAGCUUAAAAUCCCAUCAGGAGUGUUGUGAGGUUAGUGGCGAGUGGGCUGCUGGGUGCCGAAUGCAGAACAUCCUCGAGCAGAACUUGGACAUGGCCACGGCUCUGCUUGCGGGUGAGAAGCUGAAGGAGUUGAUCCUGCCGGGUUCCACACAGGAUGAGAAGGGCGGUGUGCUGGCGGGUCUCAUGGUGCAGCUCAAACUAGAGUUGCCCUUUGACCGGGUUGUGACCAUAGGAACUGUCAUCAUCCCUAUACUGCUGGUCACAUUAGUUUUUACAAGGAACUUUGCAGAGGAAUCUAUAUAUUGCUACACCCCACACAACUUCACACGUGACCAGGCCCUGUAUGCCAGAGGCUACUGCUGGACAGAGCUUCGGGAUGCAGUUCCUGGCAUUGACCCUCAGCUUCGGCCCUCCUUGUUUGAGCACAAGUUUCUGCCCUACGCUCUGCUGGCCUUCGCAGGCAUCAUGUACAUACCUGCCCUGGGAUGGGAGUUCCUGGCCUCCACUCGGCUCACCUCAGAGCUCAACUUCCUCCUUCAAGAGAUCGACAACUGCUACCACAGGGCAGCCGAGUGCAGAGCCCCCAAGAUUGAAAAGCAGAUCCAGUCCAAGGGGCCGGGGAUUACGGAACGUGAGCGACGGGAGAUCAUCGAGAAUGCAGAGAAGGAGAAGAGCCCUGAGCAGAACCUGUUUGAGAAGUAUCUUGAGCGCCGCGGGCAGAGUAACUUUCUGGCUAAGCUGUACCUUGCACGACAUUUAGCCAUCAUCUGCCUCAGCUCAAUACCCAUAACGUACCUGAGCACCUACUACUCCCGUCAGAGGCAGAAUGAGUUCACUUGCGCGCUUGGCGAGCCGCCGGACACUAGCAGCAUCCCUGAACUGCGGCUAAAUGUUAACUGCAAGCUACCAGCUGUGCAGCUCCAACGCAUUAUGGCCGCAGUGGACAUAGCUUUGUUGUGUACUAUGAACCUCAUUAUCCUUGUGAACUUGCUGCAUUUGUUUGUAGUGCGCAAGUCAAAUUUUGUCUUCAACAAGCUGCACAAGGUUGGCAUUAAAACACGCCGCCGCUGGCAGAAGUCACAGUUUUGUGACAUUAACAUUCUGGCCAUGUUCUGUAAUGAGAACAGAGACCACAUUAAGUCUCUCAACAGACUGGACUUUAUCACCAACGAGAGUGACCUAAUGUAUGAUAAUGUGGUGCGGCAACUGCUGGCAGCGUUGGCUCAAUCCAACCAAGAUGCCACUCCAACUGUGAGAGACUCUGGGAUCCAGACUGUUGACCCCAGUAUGGACCCUUCAAUGCUAGGUGUGGGAGAAUUGGGAGGAGAGCCCUUAGUAAUCAAAAGACAGCGCAAGAAGAUCAAGUGGAUCCCCACAUCUAACCCUCUGCCACAGCCUUUUAAGGAACCCUUGACUCUUACCAGACUGGAAAACAGCAUAAAAGCAGAGAAACCUAAACCAGUCAGAAGGAAGAAUGUACCAGAUAGCAUUAUUGCUCCACUUCUGGACAGCAAGAGCACACAACAUCCUCCUAACAAAGCUGCAGAAACAAAUAAUAUAGAGAAGAAACAGACUCUUAACCUCUCGCUGGAUGUUCAUCCUUAUAUGCUAACCAUCCAGAAAGCAAAAAAAGAAGCGGUCAAUCCUGAGCAACCCCCUGUUGUUGAGCACUCUCUCAGUAAUGUGUAUAUUGAGGGUCCACAUACAGUUGUACAUGUCUCAUCUUCUCAUACUGAGAUGAAAGAGUCUCCUCCACUCUCCACCACCACUGCCUUCUCCACAGACACCCUUUCCACAGCAUCACAUAUGAAUGGUGGAACUCCCAGCAUGCCUCCUCCAGAUUUUCAGAAGGUUGAAGAUCCUCUCGACCAGGAGAUGGAGUCUGAGAGCCAGCCCGGGCCUUUUAGUCGGAAUCCCUCACACCCAAUGCUGAGCAUCCAUCACACCUUGUAUGAGGACGAGGAUGAGCAGAACAGAAGGGACAGACUAGCCAGACCGGGCGAGUUGAUUGCUGCUGGAGAGUGUUAAAGGAAAAUGCUGAUACACACCUGCACACACACAAAUGCAAAGGCACUUACAAUAUGAACUGGAGCACAAAGGAAUAUGUUGGUUUUUAGGGUUAUGUUAAUGGAUAUGCCAUUAAGGGUGGAGCUCAGAUUAUUUCAUUUUCAGAGAUGAAGAUUAUUGGACAUUGGGACAGCCAAUGUUUAACAUAUUUUAUACUCUUAAAUGCGCACUUAAUUAUUUUUGUUUAUGUUAAACUGGAGUUUUCAGUUACUGGUGUAUUAUUAAAAACACUAUUAAUUUUUAAUAUGAAGUGCACCUUUCAAAAUCAUCUCCCAGCCUUACAUUCACAUACUCAGACGUGUGUAGUUUGAGGGGAAAUAAAUCACCCUUGACCUUGGUGCUGUAAUGGAGUUGAGGCAGAAGCCGAAAUAUAAUCCAUAUGCAGGGUUUAUUAAACAGUUCCACAAAUCCGAACUCAGUGUCAGUAAAGACAAGCUGUGAGGUCGAUACACAAAGAGGCAGUGUGAACAGGCAAAAGGGCAAUCCAAAAGAGUAGUCAAGAGAAACAGGAAUGUGGUGGCCAGGUUAAUAUGGCCGCCAAACAUAAAGUAGCUGCA